UCCGAGCAGACGCUGCGGCCGCGACGCCUCGCUGGCCUUAUCGCGCGCGUCCCGUCCCGGGUCCCUGCUCCGGGCUCGCCAGCUCGAGCGGGUUUUCUCCUAGCUCGUGGCGGUCGCCGGGCAAAUCCGCGACUUGGGGGAGCGCGAGCGCCUCCUAGCGGGCGCGAGGAGCCAAAAACCCGCAAAGUGCGCGGAACCAGAUCGCAGGCGGGAGCGUGAUGCUGAGGCUCGGGGCGUUCGCCUGGGACCUGCCCGGAGCCGGCGAAGUCCACACCGGGACAACCAUCAUGGCAGUGGAGUUUGACGGCGGCGUCGUGCUGGGUUCCGACUCCCGGGUCUCUGCGGGACAGGCCGUGGUGAACCGAGUGUUUGACAAGCUGUCCCCACUGCACAAGCGCAUCUACUGUGCCAUGUCCGGCUCUGCUGCUGACGCCCAGGCUGUGGUUGACUCGGCCGCCUACCAGCUGGAGCUGCAUGGGAUAGAACUGGAAGAACCGCCCCUUGUUCUGGCUGCUGCGAACGUGGUGAAGAACAUUUCCUACAAAUACCGGGAGGAGCUGUUGGCACAUCUCAUUAUAGCUGGCUGGGACCAACGGGAAGGGGGCCAGGUCUACGGGACCCUGGGAGGGAUGCUGACGCGACAGCCCUUCAUCAUCGGUGGCUCUGGCAGCACCUACAUCCACGGUUAUGUGGACGCGGCGUACAAAGCAGGCAUGUCCCCUGAGGAGUGCAGGCGCUUCACCACGCACGCUAUCGCCCUGGCCAUGAACCGGGAUUGCGCCAGUGGGGGUGUCGUCUACCUGGUCACUAUCACGGCUGCUGGCGCGGACCAUCGAGUGAUCUUGGGGAACGAGCUGCCAAAAUUCUAUGACAAGUAACUGUACCGCCAGCUUCCCUUUCUUGUUU